UCCUCACUUUACACACCCCUGUCUUUCAAUUGAAGAAUCCGACUGGCUGUUGUGAGUGAAAGAAAACCUUAAAGCACACCCACUAGUGGCCUGGGGCAGGGAAGAUCAGUAAACUAGGGAGGUAUAAAGACAGCAAACCAAACACAGUAGACACCUGUUGCUGGAAGCACCUUGAAGCUUCAAGGUGCUGCUGGAAAAGAUUAUGAACUCCAUUUACCUUCCAUCUCAUCAAAGAACUUCAGCGCCGAGCCUACACCAGAAUCACCCGAAAGGAGCUCAGGAAGCCUCUGAAAUGGCAGUUUACUGUGACAAUUUCAGCAUGUACCACCAGCAAAAUCUACACUCCUCUCAGAGGGCACCCAACUAUGGCAUUGGAGAUUAUGCGCCCUCCACUAACCCUUACUUGUGGCUUGGAGGUCCUGGAGUAAGCAAUUCUUCUAGCUAUCUGCACGGAAACAGCCCUUCUUCUUUUAUACCUCAACCCUACGGAUCCCAAAGACAGUUCCUAUCAAAUUCCUCAAGUUUUUGCGGGACAGAUCUGAGUUGGCUUUCUGUAGCAUCACAGGAAGAACUUCUCAAGGUGGUGAGGCCUCCAUAUUCCUACUCAGCUCUCAUAGCCAUGGCCAUACAAAAUGCACCAGAGAAGAAGUUAACUCUGAGUCAGAUUUACCAAUAUGUAGCCGACAAUUUCCCUUUCUACAAGAGAAGUAAAGCAGGGUGGCAGAACUCCAUCCGGCACAAUCUGUCCCUCAAUGACUGCUUUAAGAAGGUCCCAAGAGAUGAAGAUGACCCAGGUAAAGGGAAUUACUGGACUCUGGACCCCAACUGUGAGAAGAUGUUUGACAACGGAAACUUCCGCAGAAAGAGAAAGCGCAGGUCAGACUCAAGCAGUGCAGAAGUCGUUCCAAUUAAGGCUGAGGAAGGUCAUCCAGCACUAGGGGGGAAAGGUGGUGAGAGCCCUUCAAUGUUGACCCCGUCCUCUCCAGAGUUGGAAGCUGCCUCAGAUGACAGGAGAAGCACCUCCCCCAGUGGGAUCACCUCUAGUCCUUGUCUGAACAACUUCUUCAGCAGCAUGACCUCCUUGGACUCAACUUCUGUCAACAGACAGAUGUCUUUAGGACUUGUAAAUGAACUGUCUCAGAGGAACAUCACUGGCUUAGGCAGUUUCACCUCAGGCUCCAUUGCUGAACCAUCUGUGGACCUACAAGACAACAGCCUGAGCCUCAGCCGGCCCUCAUAUUACAGCACCUUUUCAAGCACUCACCAGAACAACCAGUUCAACAGUCACUUCUACAACACCUUUAGCGUCAAUAGCCUUAUAUACGCCAGGGAAGGCAGUGAAGUAUAGGUUCAAGGCUCAGCCUUCUGCAGGAAAAAGAAAGACAUUGAUAAUGGUGCCUUUUCUGGACUGCCUUUGAAAAUCGCAUUGACUUUCAAUUAACAUGUACAGGUAUGGGACCUGUUAUCCAAAAUUCUUGGGAUGUGGGGCUUCCUGGAUAACGGGUCUUUCCAUAAUUUGUAUCUUCAUACCUUAAGUCUUCUAGAAAAUCACGUAAACAUUAAAUA